AUGGCAAGCACUGAUGAGGAGACUGGCUUAAAGAGUGGCGAGAAGAGUGAAGACCAGGACUUGGACCCUGACCGGGAUCCUGAGCUGAAGAAGAAUGGUGGCAGGUUCGACAGCAAGAAGGCCAUUUUGCAGGUCACCUGGAGGUUUCCGGUGGAUUUCAAGGAUCCUCUGAACAUCAUCGCGCUGAUUUACGGGUAUUUGCCCUUUGUCAUUCCAUUGGUGUUUUUCAUCGAUAUGGUCGUGGAGCGUUGUUUCAUCGCCUUCUAUGGUCUCGCCGUCUCGGGUGUUGUGACUUUGAUCAACGAGGUCAUCUUGAAGGAACUCUUGAAACAGCCACGCCCCUAUGGUUCCGCCAACCGAAAGUUCAACGAAAAGACGAAGAAAUGGGAGAUGAAGCCGGGAAUGCCUUCAGGGCACGUGCUGAAUGCCACCACAACUAUGGUUUGGUGUUUGCUGGAGGUGUCUUUGCGAGGGCCGGGCUUCGAUGAUCAUCCCUUUAUGACUGGCAAGCUCCUUCUGUUGAUUCUCAUAUGUAUGGCUCCGGUACCCUGGGCAAGGAUAUACAACCAGGACCACAGUCUGGCCCAGUGUACCGUCGCCGGUGUCCUGGGUGUCUUUGCAGGUCUGAUGGCCUAUUGGGUGAGAUACCACUACUUCCCCUUGCAGGCCGAGAAGGAAUGGUGCGUCUCCAAGUGGUGUCUGGUGAGUGGGUUACGAUGA